AUGGCGGGACAGACACCGCAUCUGCCUGCUCUGCCUUCGGGCUUCGGCAUGGACUCUUCCUAUCCUCCCAUGCCAGGCAGCACGCGCGUCACGGCCUCACAACCGAAGCCGCCCGCAGCCGUAGCAGCGACAGUCUCGCCUCCAAGACCGUAUCACGCCGCAGCAGGGCCACCGCCUUUGCAGCCUCAUCCACCUGGCGCUCUCGAACAGGAACAGCUUCGUAGGAGGCAGCAGCCAGCCUCCUACUCAUCCUCACCCUCCGUCAUAUCUCCCAAUCUCAGACCAGGACAGUUUGUGCACGCUCCUGCUCCUGCACCAACACCACCACCUAUCCCGCCGCAGCAUCACUAUGCGCAGCCCUCAUCAUCCAGCCAUCAGUUCGUCGGCGGCUUUGCAUCUCAUCCUCAACCUCCUCCGCAGCAGUACCGCGCCAGCACGCCGGUUUCCGCUCCUCGGCCUCCUCCGUCCAUGCCCAAUCCAGGGUACGGCUACAGUGACAAUUCGCAAGGCUUGCGGGUCACUUCUGGAUCCUAUGGACAGUCGUCGGGCGCUCGAAGGGCGAGCGCCGUUGAUGCCUAUGCCACUGGCCCAGCGCCUCUUCCGCAAGCUUCCACCUCCUCGGUCGGCCAACCUGCGCUAGCUUGUCCGCUUCCAGACGUGGCCUCGCUAGCUGCACAGAAGGACAGAGCACGCGACGAGAAGCUCCGCGUCCAAUGGGCCAAGCAGAUGCUCAAAUACGUCGAGCGCAACUUCUCGGAUGGCACCAGGAUCAGUGAGCCUAACACGGUCGCAUGGACCGACGAAGCCAUCUCCAUCAUCAUCCUCAAUGCCGCCUCCAACCGUCCUGAGCCCGAAGCGCUCUACCUGCGCGGCGACCUGCAAGCAUCGGGCGCAUUCCCCACGUAUCUGCCCAAGAAUCUCAAGGAGGCGUUCAACGACUUUGAGCUCUCGGCGCGCAUGGGCUGGGCACCGAGUUGGUUUCGCAUCGGCCGCGAUUACGAGGUGCUCGGCGAUUUAGCUCGCGCUAGGGACGCGUACGAUCGAGGCGGGCAUAGCGGCGAUGUGGGCUGCAUCUACCGCAUGGGCAUGGCCAACUUGCUCGGACAGCUCGAACUGCCCGUCAACUACCCGAGAGCCAUCGCGAUGCUGCGCGAGGCAGCGGACAAGGCCGACCUCGACACACCGCAGCCCGCCUACAUCUACGGCAUGCUGCUCGCCGGCGAAUUCUCGCACGUCGAUGUCCCGCAACGCUUGCUUCGCCCUGUCAGUACCUCGGUCGCCUCUGUGGAAGACGACGCGCGACGACACAUCCAGCGGGCCGCCUACCUCAACUUUGCACAAGCGCAGUACAAGUGCGGCUGGCUGUUCGAGUACGCCCAGCUCGGAUGUGCUUUCGAUCCGCUGCUCAGCGUGCAGUACUACAGCCUCGCGUCGCAGGGUGGCGAGAUCGAGGCUGACAUGGCGCUCUCCAAGUGGUUCCUGUGCGGCGCCGAGUCGUAUUUCGAGAAAGACGAGAAGCUGGCAUACACUUUUGCGGACAAGGCAGCUCGUAAAGGGCUGGCAUCGGCCGAGUUUGCGCUGGGCUACUAUCACGAAGUCGGAGUCGGCACGCCACGCAAUGUCGAGCUUGCAAGGAAGUGGUAUCAGAAGGCAGCAGCGAAGGACAACGCGGAUGCGGUGGAACGAUUGCAGGCGCUGCAGGGUCCCCAAGCGAACGGAUUUACACGACAGCAACACGAGGCGGUGAUGGACGACAAGCUCGUGCGCAAGAGGACGAUGGCCAAGGCGCUCUCGGAUCGCGAAGGCCGCAGUCCUGCCGUCGAGCAUGAUCAUUACUUUGGCGAAAGUUCGAUCGGACAGCGGAUUCCAAGCGGGCAGACUCCUGCUGUGCCGAGCAACGCGAAUCCAGGUCGCCCUGUUGCAUCCGGCAGCGGCGGUGGCGGAAACUUGGAUCUGUCGAGGAAGAAAACCAUGAAGAUGGUCGCCGAGACGGCUGCAGGACGCAAACGACCCAACUACAACUUUGAAGGCAAGCCUCGACGCGAUUCGGCGGUUCCUUCGAUGCCCGUCGCCCCAGCACACCCACGCCCUGCUCCUUCGAAUAUGACACCACCGGGCACGCGCGUCUCCUCGGGCACCCAACCCUCCACCCACGCCGGACGCCAUGGUGCCGGCUACACGCUCAACGACAGCGGUCACGCACCCGCGUCGGCACCUGCUACCCACUCUCACACCAACGCCUGGGCUGCCGUGCCUCCCGCACCCAAAACGGCAGAGUCGGCUCCGACUGAUUACUCCAAGAAGCCGUACAACACGUUUGCCGAGAUGGGCUUCGCGCCGCAAAAGCAGAAGAAGGAGGAGUGUGUGGUUUGCUAG